CUGAGGGGGUGUCCUCAGUCCACCAGACAUCCUGACAGGGUCCUUCUGCGCCACCUUCCACACCAAUGUCAGCCGCCGCUUUUAGUCUUGGCCGUCACGGGAAGGCUUUCCUGAUGCGAGCUACGGGGAGGUGCACUGUGGGCCACCUAAGGUGCCUGUCAGGGGGCAGGGGGCACCGGGCGUGGCUGGCGGUGGCAGAGAGUCGCCUGGAGCAGCAGGCUGACUGGGAGAACCUGGGCAUCUGGCUCGACGGGCCUGUGGACCUGCCACCCACAUCCUCGUACUUCGGUGGCGUCCUGCGAAAGCCGAACCUGUCCAGCGUGGGACAUGCCAGCCAAAGGGGCAAAAGGAGGGAGAACGAGGACCGCUUCUCCAUAUCCCGGCUCUCUGAAGAUGUCAUGAUCUUCGCCGUUUUUGACGGUCACGGCGGAGACUCUGCCGCUGAAUUCUGCUCCAGGAAUCUCAGCCACCUUAUUCAGAGAAAUCUCAAACACGAGAUGGAUCUGGAAUCAGUUCUCAUGAAAUCCUUCCUUCAAGUUGAUGCAUAUUUUCUUCAGAGCUUUAGGGACACAGAACAUGACGAGUUCCUGUCUUCCGGAACAACGGCCACUGUAGCUCUGCUGCGGCAGGAGUCCGAGCUCGUGGUUGCCAGCGUGGGGGACAGCCGAGCCGUCCUGUGCCGGGAGGGCAAAGCCGAGCUCCUGACAGAGGAUCACAGUGCCAGGAGGAAGGACGAGCAGCAGAGGAUACAGGAGUCUGGUGGUUUCAUUCACUGGAACAGCGUAGGGGAACCUUACGUCAACGGAAGACUGGCGAUGACGAGGAGCAUCGGGGAUUUCCAGCUGAAGCCUUAUGGCGUUAUUUCGCUGCCGGAGAUCACAACUGUAAAUGUGGACCACGAGAACGACAGCUUCCUCGUCCUGAUGACAGACGGUGUGAGUGGAAUCAUGGAGAGUCAGGAAAUGUGUGACAUCGUGAAGAAGUGUCAGGACCCGUCGGAGGCUGCCUCCAUGGUCAACGACCAAGCUCUGCAGUAUGGAACGCUGGACAAUGUGACCACUCUGGUGGUCCCGUUCGGAGCCUGGGGCAAAUACAAGCGUGCCUUCCCCCCCACCAGUUUCGGGAGGAUGAUGGUGGCAAGCUGUCGUUGGAGCUGAAACUUCUCACUGUCUGUGAGAAACGCAGACUGUGGAAAUCACUGUAAAGACUCUUUUCUUAAAAAAAAUAAUACUGUUGGGUGCCUUGAUGCACUCAAACUUAUGCUCCAUGUUUUUGAGGAAUCUCAAGGUCUCAGGGCCAGUGUACACACACACGCACACACACACACACACACACACACAUACACACAUGCACACCAGUGUCAAAAUAAUAAUUUUUGUCACAUUGUAGGGAACAUUUGGUGCCCACAAUGUAAUAUAAAUACAAUCCACACACACACGGGUUAGAGGAAUCAAAAACCCAGUUAGACUUAUUCAUUAUGAAAUUAGAAAAAUUCCCUAGUGAAUACUUACAUUUUUCAUAAACACCACAAUUUUGCCCCCUGUAGCCAUCACUUAUUAAGGGUUGUGAUAUGUAGGUAAAAUCAGGAGACAAAAUACGAAGACCUUAAAUCACAUUGCCGACAUGAUAUUCGAGACGGCCCUUUGUCCCUAAGAAGGACCGAACGUCCCUCAUUGCAGGAGCUGCUGAUGGCGAGAAAAGGCAGUAAGUUCCUCCAGAGCCCGGAGCACCAUCACGUUUCCCUCAUGUGAAUGAAGAGAGCGAAUGCAGUGACUACACCUUUAUUCACAAAACAACACAGAGCCGAACAAUCAACCUUCAGAGAGAGACUUUUUCUAAUUAGUAUAAGACAUUUCAUCGGCUGUUAAAUCCGCAUAUAUGUAAAGGCUACAUGCUUUCCUGCUGCUCUCUGAUGAAGACAAAUAUAGUACCAGGGAUUUAAUGUGUCAUCUGCCCAGGGAAGCUUGUCACUACACAUGAAAUGCAGAUAAAUAAACCUCCGUUACAUAUC